ACUCUCAUAUACUAUAUGAAGGCACGACAAAUUCAUAUAUUUCUCUUCCACCUUUCUGCUUCAUCAACGACGUCGUCGUCGUCAACACGGCGCCCCCAGCCAUGACCAGCUCCGCCACUUCCUCGCGCAAGACCUUGAGCAAGAUAGCUUCUAACAGACUCCAGAAAGAGCUGGCGGAGUGGCAGGUCAAUCCACCCUCAGGUUUCAAACACAAGGUCACUGAUAAUCUUCAAAGGUGGGUGGUUGAAGUGAAUGGAGCUCCUGGUACUCUGUAUGCCAAUGAGACGUAUCAGCUUCAAGUAGAUUUUCCUGAGCAUUACCCUAUGGAAGCUCCUCAGGUGAUAUUUUUGUCUCCAGCUCCACUGCACCCACAUAUCUACAGCAAUGGCCAUAUUUGUUUAGAUAUUUUGUACGACUCAUGGUCCCCUGCGAUGACUGUUAGUUCUAUUUGCAUCAGCAUUCUGUCCAUGCUAUCUAGCUCUACUGUGAAGCAACGCCCGGAAGAUAAUGAUCGGUAUGUAAGGAAUUGUAAAAAUGGCCGAUCACCCAAGGAAACGAGGUGGUGGUUUCAUGAUGAUAAAGUGUAGCAACAAGUGUCAGUGUCGUUUGAUUCAUCUCGUCAAGGAUAUAGCUUAGCUGCUUUACCAUAUUUCAAAUCAGAAUCAGAAUCAGAAAAAAUUGUGGAAGUCCAUUGUUGUCAACAAACAAACCACUAUCUGGUGCAGAUUCACCUAUUGCUGUCUGAUGUAUGUAAAUGGAGACAAGUUGUACCUUUCCCGUUUCUGCUGUGUGAACCAACCUUAUGUAUGUUCUACAACUUCACUCUUGUUGAAAUUGUUAUUUUCUGAUUUGUGUCUAAUCAAGAAAAUUCUCAUUCUGCAAUA